AUGGAACUACACUUAAGUUUGCAUGAAAAAUAUUUUUUAAAUACAAUAAUUGAAAAUUUAUCAAAUAAAUCAAAUGUAAAAAAAUUAUCUAAUAAGCAUGAAUCCAUUUUUCUGAAUGGGAUAUUUUGGGUUUUAAGUGGUCUUUUAAUGAUUAAUAAGAAUAGAAAGAGUUUACAUGAAAUACUAAAAAAAGAAAUAAUAGAUAUCAUAUAUGUAUUAGUUAUGCAGUGCUUACAAAAAAAAAAAAUAAAAGAAAAAUACAUUUAUAAUUUGAAAAAAGAAAAAUAUUUAUUUUCAGAUAAAGAUAUUGAUAAAAUAAUAAAUUCAACUGAAAAUGAUUAUAAUAAAAUAGAUUAUAAAAAUAUAAAAAAAUACGAAGAUGAGAGAAUUAAUUUUUCUUCAUUAAAUAUAGAUUUUGUUGAAAAAAAUAGUAAUACAAAUAAUUCUAAUAUGUAUGAUCAUCAAGAAUGUAACGAGAUAAAUAAUAAUGAAUUAAAAAGUGAUGUAUCUAAUGGAAUAUAUAAUAAAAAUUCAGAAAAAUACAAAAAAAAGAAAAAUAUAAUAAAAUUUGUUGUAAGAGGUUUUUCUCCAUGUAACAAAAAGUAUUUAUAUGAGCCAAAUGUUAUUUCUACUUUAAGUGCUAUUCAAAUAUUAUUUUUAUUAAAUAAAAUAAGUGAAAAUGAUAUAAGUACAAAGGUAUUAUUAGAAAUAUGUAAUUUUAUAAUCUUUCUUCUUAAUGAAGAAAAAGGUUUUUUUCAUUUUUCUUUAAGUAGUCUACGAUAUCAUUUUGAUGGUGAUAUGCGUUUUAUGUUUUGUUCUUUAGCUUCUUUACAUCUUAUUAAUCUUAUUUUGAAAAAAAGAAACAUAUAUAUUAAUAUAUUUAACAAUAAAGAUAAAUGUGUAAAUUGGAUAAUCAACUGUUUUAAUAUAGAUGGGGGGUUUUCAAAUUAUCCAGGUUCAGAAUCACACGCUGGGACAACAUUUUGUGCAAUAAAUUCAUUAAAUUUUUUAAAAGACGAAAAUAACAAAAGUUAUUUUUCAUAUAACUCAAUUUCCAAGAAAAAAUUAAUUAGAUGGUUAUGUGAUAGAUAUGAGAAUUACGGUAUUAAUGGGAGGGUUGGAAAAGAUCACGAUGUUUGCUAUGCAUGGUGGGUGUUGAGUAGUUUAGUUGCUUUAAAAAAAAGCCUUAAAAAAUUAUUUAAUAUAAAUAUAUUGAUAGAUUAUAUUUUGAAAUGUCAAGAUGAAAAUAAUGGAGGAUUUUCAAGAAUUGAACAAACUGAAAAUAAUAUAAAAAGACAAAAUUUUAGUUAUUUUGUUAGUGAAAAUAUGAUUUUUAGAGAAACAGAUCAAUUUCACAGUUUUUUUUCAAUCUGUGCUUUGUCUCUUAUUUAUUACAAUGUUUAUUAUAAGAAAAAAAAAAAUGAAAGAUAUUUAUUUUUUGAUAAUUCUAUAAUCCCUAAGAAUUUAGAGGAAAGUUUAAGUAAUUUAAAAAAUGUACAUGUAUCUUUUGCAAUGCCUAUUCAUAUACUUAAUUAA